AUGAAUCCAUCUUUCGUCCUUCUCUAUGCUUCUGCGGGCCUCGUAACAGCAGCGAGGUCAACAGAAAAUAGUGGAAAACAGCACACUGACGCAUACCUGCCCUCACGUCAUCCUACCGCACUGGAGCCCACUUUGACGCCCACGGCGGCUGCUCAUUCCCGGUCAACCGCAGCGCCUAGAUCGCUACAAGCCAUUCAAGCAGACAUGCAAGGCGCGCAUUGGGUGGAUGAAAAGUGUAGCGGAACUGACACCCGCGGUCGGCACUGCGGCUACCUGCCAACGGAAGAUCAGACCCUGAUCUGCGAGUGCGCAUAUGCACCGGUCUACUUGACAACUUAUAUGUGGCAAUGUCAGUGUCCACCGUUUUGGGGCUUCGACGUAUGA